CUUCACGUGAUGUAAUGCAGAAGGCUAUUUAACUGGUUCAACUGAAGAGUGUCGAUGGGCUAUUACCUCGAAACUAGUGCCGCAUUCACACGCGAACUACCGAACAAUUCACCUGAUGAAUAAUAACUCAAUGGCGUAAAGUGUCCAAACGGCACAUCUGUACCGAGAUUGGCUGUUCGAGCUAUUUAAUGUUGAGCAAAAUACUACGUAGCGGUGAAUCUCCCCUUAAAGUGCAACAACAUGAAGACGGUCCGCAUCAGAGAAUAAAGCGAGCGCAGCGCCGUCUUGCGGCCCGAAGACGCCCCCAUUUGACAGGUCUGCAGCUGACUGCUUCAGCAUCCAAUACAGCUUUUACCAACAACAACAAUUCCGUGAACGAGGCUCCAUCACGGUGAGUAUGGAAUACUCUUUCUGUUCAGUCUACUAGGUCUAUUCGCAUCUGAUCGCAAAGCAGCCGACGAGCGUCUGCCCGCGUUAGCAGCCGCUGUCGAGAGUCUCGAGAGCAGAAGAUCUUGACGUCAUUAGGAUUUGGCAUGGCUGUCUUUGCAAGCAGCUCGCAAGUGCAGGCCAUUACUGUGUUCAUUCUCUUUUCCGCGCUGGGUGUGUUGUUCUCUUCACAUGCCGUUGUUUUGGAUAUAAUACGUGUGUGUGGGUGUGUGUUUGUGUGUACGUGCCUGCGUGUUAGUCUCGAUUCGUCUGCCAGUCGUCAGUAUCGGAAGACACAACAGUCACACAGUUGGCAGUAGCUGGUUUACCUGCAACAAAGAAGAGGAAAGUCUACUUUGUAAUAGGACCUACAGCGACCACAACCAAAUCUAGUCAGCAGUAUUGCAAUACCUAAAUGUAGCUCGCUCGCGCUUGCUUGUUGGCCAUCGUCCAUCGAUAGAUUCACUAGUGAGCGGGUUUGAGGAAAGCUAUUCGUCUCUGUCACGCAGGCAGUAGCUGCUUACGGCCACAACAGAUCCGUCGAUCAAGAAUAAAACUGGCUGUACGCUGCUGAAGCCGAGUGAGCGCACAUCUGUGUGCCUGUACAUUCAAAAUAAGUCGUCGAAAUCAUCAUCAUCACUUGGUGCUCCGGUGCGCUCGUGAGUAAGUUUUGAAAAAAAGCACCAACUUCAAAUAGUGUACCGCGACAAAUAGACUCAAGUAUAUAUUUACUGUUCCAGUUGAGAGGAUGCCUCUCUGCGGUAAGAAGUGUGCAGUUUUCUGCUCAGUGCUAAGCGCCUGGGGUGUCAUUAUGUUGGUACUGCUGGGUAUUUUCCUGCAUACAAACUCGGUAGCGUUUGCCGAGGAUCUGGAGGUGCACGCUACGAGUAAACCAGACUUUUUGGCCGAGAUCAAUAGAAAAUAUAAAGCCGCUGCCCAAAAUUGCUGGAUAGCAGCUUGUCUCUAUGUUGUUACCCUGGUCAUCUCAUUCCAGCAGUAUUGCGCCAAUCAACGAGCACGGAAUGCAUAAAUUCGAAGAGUAAAAUAUCUGUAUAUCAUUUAAGAGAUUUUAGGAAGUCUCGAUCGAAUAAUUGUUGGGUCGAUAACGUGACAAAAAACGAUUGAUUAAAAAAGCAGAAUUUAUUGUAGAUCCUACGUACGGCAAAUCUGAAACAUGACAACGUACUUGAAGCGAAAUUUUUUAUAUUGACAUGUGCAGCUUCUGAAUAGUAGUUACUUCAAAAAAUGUUACAACUACAAAUGUGUUUUAAAUCUCAUUCAUGCGAACGCAACAACCCAUAGUGGAUAAGCAUAAAAAUAAAUCAAAUUUAACCAGCUGUUCCUGAAAAGAAAUGAACUGAACGUCUGAACGUAGAUGAACAUAGAUGGAUUGUCAUAUCGGCUCCGGUUUAGUAAAGGGUGGACAGUAGAUGCCGUCACCAAAAAACUUCUCGGCGAACAAAGGCUGGCCGGGUUACGAUAUGUAAGGCGAAAAAUAAUUUGGCGAAAGCUACCCACUUAGCGUAGCUGCCGUCUUUAAGUAUGGAAUUCCAAUGAUACUAGUGAAAACCUUUUUUAUUUGACACCCAAGCAAUGCGUUAGUGUCUGUACAUAAUAAAUAUAAUUAAGAAUAACUACAAUGCUAUGAAUGCCUCUCAUUAUUAUUACUCAGUACUGUUAUGCAGUAGAGUUGUAUUCUGAUGUUGAUUGGGUGCUCUGUUAAAAUUCACGUACUGGAAUAUUUUUACAAUUUGAAUCAUACAAAAAUGAAGAUAGUAAAGUAGAAAGGGGAAGAUAAAAGCAGGUGGACAUUAUCGACUUACAGAGGUAAAUGAGAAAAAUUGACAAUAUUAUUGCAGUGAUUAAUGUCGAGUAUUGCCCGUUAGCAAAGCGGCAACGACAAGGAAGGUUUGCAAGUUAAUGAGUCAUUGAAGUCAUACAAGGAGAAAGUAAAUAAAUGCUAGUUAAUUUUUGAUAUUGAUGUGAA